UAUGGCCUGCUAAAGGAGGAGAAGGAGGUAGCUGUUAGAGACAAGAGACGUGAGGAAGAGCAACUGAAGAUGGAUCAUGUCAAGAGAGCAACUACAUCGCAGCUGCGGCAUGAUGGAAGUAGUGUCACUGAUCUUGUAGAGGUCUUUUAUGUCUGCUGCUUGAAGUCAGACAGCGUUGUGAAGUCUGUCCAGAAGGUCUUCAAAGAGGCAGAGGUAGCCAAGAUCGACAAGGACGAGGAAAAGAGCUUUGUGUUCUACAUGAAGGGUCUCAAGAUCUUCUUUGAACACAUCCUCAAAACGAAGGAGUACAAGAAGGAUGAGACAUACUUUCGGAGCAUGCUGGAGAAGGAGGUGAAGAAGGCAUCAGAUAUUGCCAGCGAACUUGAGAAGAGCCUCGAGAGAAGGGUGACCUGUAAUUCCUUGCUGAGGACUUUGCCAGAAGAUGACGGGUUCGCGUUCGGACGCCGUUCCACGGUUGACCUCCUGUUCCUCAUGGAUUGGUUCACAGAAGAUUCUCCUGCACCUCAGUCCCCUCUUCAGAAUCUCUAUGAUGCAAUCGUUAAGUGGGAUCCAGGCACGAGAUACAAGUGCACACAUCCGAUGAUCGUGAAGGGUGGAUAUGCGGAAUGGUUGAGGACAUACCCUACAUACACAACGAAUGGCCUUGUCUUUCCUCCCCCUCUCCAUAGCAUCACUCCUGUUGAUCAUAAUGACAUUGUUAUUGAAUAUCCGGAUUUGGACACGUUUCGUCCACCACCUGAGACCUCUCCAGAAGAAGCACCUGCAUCCCUGCCUCCAUCCAAGAGCCCACUACAGGAAGUGCCAUCGAGGACAGAACCAGACGUUGGGCUUCACAGACUGCAUGGGGGAAGAGUUGGCAUGGAGUCCCAAGUGCUAAGGCCUCUUGCUGCUCCUGAGAAUGCAGAGGUCAAGCAGAUCGUUAAGAAGCCUCCAACAGUGAACCGGGACCUCAAACCUGGAAAGAAGAUGGAGGAGAGAAUUGAGGAGCGGGGAGAGCUGCUUGAGAAGACAAGGGAAGUCCUUCGCUUGGAAAAGGAGUGGGAUCAGGUGCGACUGCGGCGGGAGAAGGAGUCUGAGGAGGCCAUGCGUCAGGAGCUCCAGCGAAAAGAAGAGCAGCUUAUUGACCGCAUCUCUUCUAUGGAGUCUGAGAAGAAAUCUCUUGAGGAGAAAUGGGAGACACAAGCAAAGGAAAAUGAGGAGCUGCGGAAGGAGAUGGAAUUGUGGAGGAGCAAGGCAACCUCAUUAGAAGAGAAGCGGGAAGCUGAGAAGGAGGAGGAGAAGUUCCGCGAACAGGAAGAAUUGAAGAAGAAAAUGAAUGCCGAGGUGCAGCGCCUGCGGGACGAGCGCAAGGCCAAGGAUGCUCGCAUGAAAAAACUGCAGGAGGAGGCUGAGGCAGAGAAGCAGGCCAAGGAGACACACCUUGUGAAUGGAUUGGGAGAUGUCUCACACUUGAAUGGAUCAAGAGAAUCCACCCCCAGGAUUGGAUCGGGGGAAUCCUCCCGAAAGGCAAAGUUAGGAGAAUCUUCCCCCAAGACUGGAUUGGGGGAAUCCACCCCCAAGGCCAGGUCAGGAGAAUCUUCCCCCAAGACUGGAUUUGGGGAAUCCACCCCCAAGGCCAGGUCAGGAGAAUCUACCCACAGGACUGGAUUGGGAAACUCUUCCUUCAAGACUGGAUUGGGGGAAUCCACCCCCAGGACUGGAUCAGGGGAACAGUCGCUCAUGAAGCGGUCUUAUUCUUCACCAAAUGUCUGCGAGCUAGAGGAUUCGCUUCCUAUUGAGGGGAGACAAGCCUUUGUCGGAGGAAGACCAGACACCACCCCGAAUGUGGACCGGAGGUUAAAGCCAACUGUGUCUCAGUGGUCCCACUCUCCCAGUUCAUCUCGACAUCGCAACUUUGAUCCCAUCCAUGGACAACGUCUUCCUGGACUGACGGGUCUCAAGAACCUGGGAAACACAUGUUACAUGAAUGCCAUUGUCCAGUGCAUGAGCAACACACCCCUAUUUGCUUCCUAUUUCCAGCAGGUCUACCCAAGGGAAAAGCUGUACCCACAUGCAUCCAAGUCAAAGGGAGAGCUAGCAGCAGAGAUGGAGGCCUUGCUCCGGGUGCUGUGGAGCGGCCACCAUCGCUGUGUGGCUUCUCACGACCUCAGGCACGUGUCGGGCAAGUACUACCACCUCUUUCGUGGGGACUUGGUGGUCCUGCGGGUACUCAUGGAAGACAACGUCCUAACGAAUGUCGACAUGGACGUCCCCCUCGGACAGUGUCCUACCUACACAGGGUUCACGUUCCUUGGAGCCCUACGACACUUCUUCAAACUCCUCUGGAAGCUGCCCCCCAUCCUCAUCAUAGUCCUCAAGAGGUUCUAUUAUGUGGGGCCCCUGAGACACAAGAUCCAGAAGCCUGUGUUUUUUCCCCUUUCAAACCUUGACAUGCAGGACCACCUGAUCAGGCCCAAGGAAAGUGACUCCUACAACCUCUAUGCUGUGACAAAUCACUUUGGGACACUUGAUGGGGGCCACUAUACUGCGUACUGCAAGUCAGCAGCCAAGAAACAGUCUUACUUUGGCUGUGAACAGCUAGAGGAUUCGCUUCCUAUUGAGGGGAGACAAGCCUUUGUCAGAGGAAGACCAGACGCCACCCCGAAUGUGGACCGGAGGUUAAAGCCAACCGUGUCCCAGUGGUCCCACUCUCCCAGUUCAUCUCGACAUCGCAACUUUGAUCCCAUCCAUGGACAACGUCUUCCUGGACUGACGGGUCUCAAGAACCUGGGAAACACGUGUUACAUGAAUGCCAUUGUCCAGUGCAUGAGCAACACACCCCUAUUUGCUUCCUAUUUCCAGCAGGUCUACCCAAGGGAAAAGCUGUACCCACAUGCAUCCAAGUCAAAGGGAGAGCUAGCAGCAGAGAUGGAGGCCUUGCUCCGGGUGCUGUGGAGCGGCCACCAUCGCUGCGUGGCUUCUCACGACCUCAGGCACGUGUCGGGCAAGUACUACCACCUCUUUCGUGGGGUGAACCACCAGGACGCCCAUGAGUACCUCACUUACCUUUUUGAAUGGUUGAGAGAGGACCUGAACAGGGUGCCCAAGGAGUGUCGCAAGCCAACGGUGCAGGAAUUCAAUGGGAUUGACAAUGAGACUGCAGCCAAGAAGGCAUGGGAAGCAGAAAUUCGUGCGGAAAACUCUAUGAUCAUGGAACAGUUUGCCGGAUUGCAGAAGUCCACCGUUCGCUGUAGGGCGUGUCAAACGGAAUCCAAGACGUUCGAGCUCUUCUUUUAUCUCCCUGUCCCCAUUCCAGAACGUUCAUCAUCAUGUAGUAUCGAUGAUUGCUUACAGCUGUACCUGCAGGGGGAGCCUGUCACAGGAUGGAUGUGUCCCAAGUGCAAGGAACCUCGGGAUGCUGUGAAGAAGUUUGACCUCUGGAAGCUGCCCCCCAUCCUCAUCAUAGUCCUCAAGAGGUUCUAUUAUGUGGGGCCCCUGAGACACAAGAUCCAGAAGCCUGUGUUUUUUCCCCUUUCAAACCUUGACAUGCAGGACCACCUGAUCAGGCCCAAGGAAAGUGACUCCUACGACCUCUAUGCUGUGACAAAUCACUUUGGGACACUUGAUGGGGGCCACUAUACUGCAUACUGCAAGUCAGCAGCCAAGAAACAGUGGUUCAAGUUUGACGACCAGGAGGUGCGUGAUAUGUCGUCAUCAGACAUUGUGACUCCAGCAGCCUUCAUCCUUUUCUUCUCCAGGGAGGGUCUUCACAACCCAAGUUCAUUCCCAUAUAAUUCUUAAGCAUGAUUCCCAUGUAGUCUCUAUGUGCCUCAUCCAAGUCAGAGAGAACAAUGGAAGUCCCCAUUUUAUUUUUUGAGACACAGAACCCUAUUUAAUUUUUCUUGUCACUACAUUAAAGCAUUUGAAAAGGAA